AUGAUAUUCUCAACAUUAAUUACUUUCAUGAUAUUCUCAACAUUCAUUCCUUUCAUGAUAUUCUCAACAUUCAUUCCUUUCAUGAUAUUCUCAACAUUCAUUACUUUCAUGAUAUUCUCAACAUUCAUUACUUUCAUGAUAUUCUCGACAUUCUUUAAUUUCAUGAUGUUCUCGACAUUCUUUAAUUUCAUGAUGUUCUCGACAUUCUUUAAUUUCAUGAUGUUCUCAACAUUCAUUACUUACAUGAUAUUCUCAACAUUCAUUACUUUCACGAUAUUCUCAACAUUCAUUACUUACAUGAUAUUCUCAACAUUCAUUACUUUCACGAUAUUCUCAACAUUCAUUACUUUCAUGAUAUUCUCAACAUUCAUUACUUUCAUGAUAUUCUCAACAUUCAUUACUUACAUGAUAUUCUCAACAUUCAUUACUUUCACGAUAUUCUCAACAUUCAUUACUUUCACGAUAUUCUCAACAUUCAUUACUUUCACGAUAUUCUCAACAUUCAUUACUUUCAUGAUAUUCUCAACAUUCAUUACUUUCAUGAUAUUCUCGACAUUCAUUGCUUUCAUGAUAUUCUCGACAUUCAUUGCUUUCAUGAUAUUCUCGACAUUCAUUGCUUUCAUGAUAUUCUCGACAUUCAUUACUUUCAUGAUAUUCUCGACAUUCAUUACUUUCAUGAUAUUCUCGACAUUCAUUACUUUCAUGAUAUUCUCGACAUUCAUUACUUUCAUGAUAUUAUCAAACAUUCAUUACUUUCAUGAUAUUAUCAAACAUUCAUUACUUUCAUGA